UGCAGUCGCUGCCGCAUGGCGGCGCUGCCCACCGCGUGUUGGCCGGCCGGACGGAAGUGUCCGCCAUUAUUGCCCGCACCCCCGCGCCCUCCCCGCUGCCUCCUUCGGGAUGCCAGGGCCCCGCCAGUACCGCGGGUUGCCCAAAAGUUGUUGCCUGCGGGAUUUCUUGGUGGGCGGAGCGGCGAGCUGUCCGAGAUUGAUAAUUCCCGGGAGGCGCCGGUGGGCGGAACGCGGGGAGCGAGCCGCGGGACGGGGGGACGUGAAUGGGGGCGUACCGAGGCACUGAGGGGGAACGCUUUGUGUGACGGACCGUGGCGCCGGAUGAUGGCGGCGGUGCCGAAGGUGCUGUGCUCGGAGAAGGGAGUGUUGCUCAGGCAGGUGCUGGCCCUCAGCAGAGCAGCAACAGCCAGAGAAAACCUUCUGUGUGCUGCAGGUGAUGCUCUCCUGGCUCCCCACAGAUCCUACAGGUCCCGACCCACCCAUGGCAUCGGGAGGUUUAAAUACCUGCUCCCAAAGGAGGUUCCAAAGAGGAAGAAGGAAAGAGUGCAGAUGAAAGAGAUCAGCGCUGGCACUGAGUACGAGUAUGGGGACAUCAACAUCCAGAUGACUUCCUAUGAUCUGUGCCUGGUGGAGCACUUUGCUCAGCAUGUCCACAGGCUCUGCAACCGUCUCUGCAUCCGGGUCAAUGAGAGCUACGCCAUGCCCACCAAAACCAACGAGGUGCUGUUCCUGGAGGAGAGGGGAUCCAAAAUGCAGCUGGAUGCAGUCCUCACCACCCACCAGAGGGUUGUGCAGAUCCGCGGCUUGAGCGCGACGUUUGCUCCCAUCCUGCUGGAAAUCAUUCAGAGUAACCAGCCUGAGGGGGUGCACCUGCUGAUGAAACAGCACACGGAAGCCGAUUUCAAGAGCCGGCUGAAGUCUCGACCAGAGCUGGAGGAGCUGCUGGCAGAGAUGUCCUGAGGUGGGAAUUUCUGCAGAAAUCUCUGUGCAUCAGCAAUGCUGUGCUGCAACAACCCCAGGAAUUGUUAUAACCAAAUUUGAUGGAUGCCAAGAGAAACUGUUCCAGAAACUGGUUUGUUUGGAGGUUUUUUACCUCCCCCUUUCUAAGGAUCAGCUUGUCAAAAAGAGGGAAAAUAACACAUUUAUUUACACUCUCCCCAAACUGGGGCUGUCCAUGCUCAGCCUCUUGGUAUUCCCAGGACCCACAUCCCUGAGAAAUAGCCCGGAACCUUCCUUCUGACAAAAGCCAUGCAAAAAGCAAUUCUAUUUUCUUUCUCAUGGCUUAUUUGCCAGCAGGUGGUGGUCAGACGAGAAUCCAUUUUUCUCCUAUUCCUAAUUUUUCUGUGGCUUCCCUGGAAAUAAAUCCCAUCCUGUGGGACGUGAGGUUA